UCUAUUGAAAAAGUAGCAUGCAUUCGAACCUCCAUUGGGGUUGGAACUUGCUUUGCCCAUUAAACACUUAUAGUCCCCACACCCACAUGACUCGUGUUCUAUCUUUUUAGUUCUAUAAAAUCCUCGCAUCAUAAAUACCUCUUCAUCCACUUCCAUUUCUUAAUCCACACUAAAAAAAACACAUUCAAAGUUGGAGGUGCAAAUAGCAAAACAAUGGCCAUGAGAAAAUCCAACAAACUUCCACAAGCUGAAGUUAUCAAGCAAAUUCUCAAAAGAUGUUCAAGUUUUGGGAAAAAACAUGGUUACAAUGAAGAGGAUCUUCCUGAGGAUGUACCAAAGGGUCAUUUUGCAGUUUAUGUUGGUGAGAAUAGAACAAGGUACAUUAUCCCAAUUUCUUGGCUAUCACAUCCUCAAUUUCAAAGUUUGUUACAAAGAGCUGAAGAGGAGUUUGGUUUCAAUCAUGAUAUGGGACUUACUAUCCCUUGUGAUGAACUUGUUUUUGAGUCAUUAACUUCAUUGAUGAGAUAAACAACAAGGAUCAGUAGAUUUUAUUAGUCGAAGAUUACCAAACAUAAAAUCCCUUCAUCUGAUGGUUCUGACGAAGUUACAAGAUCAAUUUACAGUGAAUUUGACAUUAUCACGAUAAAUCACAAUCAUUUUACAAUGAUAUCAAUGUGAUUUUGAAGAUGUACUAAUAGUACUUUUAAGUUUGUUCUGGUAAUUGUAUAUAUAAAUAUAUCUAUAUGGAUUGAUUUCCAAUGAGAGAGUUUCUUUAGAAAUGUCAUUUGUAUCUUGAGCAAUGAUUUAUUAAAUGAAGCAAUGUUGUACUAGAAAUAAGGGUACACUAUUGUCCCUUUUAAUUUUCUAUUACCCCUUUCUUAAA